UCUCAUGCCAAUCAAUCAUAACUUAACUUCUUUUAUUUUUGUGGGCAUAUCAUUUUCUAACCUCUCUCUCACAUUGUGCAUUUCUGGUGUUGUAUUUGAUUUGGGCAGUUCUUCCAAGUUUUUGGUUUCUGGGUUUUCUUUUUUUUCUUUUGAAAAAAAAGAAUUAAUAAAAAAGAUCAAUUCUUUUUCUUUUUCUUUGGAUAAUUUUAUAUUGCAUUUUUUCUGUUGGGUUUUCUUUGUGUCUUUUCAAUGUCGUUAAUUUUUUGUUGUCAACUAUAUUCUGUUCAACUUCCUACAGCUGCAUUUUCUGCUUUUAAUCCCUAUCCAUUAUAGCUUCUCAUUUUUUCACAAAAAGGUACAUUGACUUUUGAUAUCUUUCCCCUUUUUUGUUUGUUGCUCGGCUUUACCUCUCCUAUUUUCCUUUCCUUUUUCCCUUUCGUGCCUGAUGGUCCUUUAUUGAUCUUGAUGCAGCUUGAGUGUUGCUCCUUUGCCUCUACCUCCUUUUUUGGGAUUCUUCUCGCCAUUCUUUAGUAUUUGUUUUCACAAUGUAUGGAUAAUUAUUUUGAUGCAUUGAUAAUUAGGUUUCAUGGUUGCAUUGAUGGCUGCUCAAUGGUUUCAGAAAAUUCCUUUAAUUCCUGAGAAAACAGAGUGAAAGGGAGGAAACCAAUGUUUUGGAUUUUUGUGUUGGAUCUUUCUUCAUCUUUAAAUUAUAUAAAUAUUCGUCUUCGAGUAGCUGAAUUUCAAGAUUAGAAGAUCUGGUUUCAUAUUGUUCCACAGUUAUUUUUGUCUCACUUCUUUCUCUUUUGAUGACUAGGGUUCGUUUCUAUAGCGAUGCUAACAUUCUUUUGACUGUGUUAGAGGAUGGGGGAUCAUUUUGUGUUGUUUGUUGAUCGACUGAUCACUGAAUCUACCCUAGAAGCUGUUAUAGAGAGCACAUAUCAGUUGCAGCACCCAACACUCACAGCAAGCCAAGAUACUAUGGACUCUUCCCAUAAAAUAGAUGUGAAUGGGUCAUCUUCUAGUAAAUUUGUACAGUGUAGGAUUUGCCAUGAUGAGGAUGAUGAUUCAAACAUGGAAACACCAUGUUCUUGCUGUGGCAGCUUGAAGUAUGCUCAUCGUAAAUGUGUUCAGAGGUGGUGCAAUGAGAAGGGUGAUACAAUAUGUGAGAUUUGCCACCAGCAAUUCACGCCAGAUUAUACAGCACCACCUCCUCUAUUUCAUUAUAGUGGUAUUCCGAUGAACUUCCGGGGGAAUUGGGAGAUUUCCAGAAGGGAUCUGCAGAAUCCUCAAUUUAUAGCAAUGGUUACUGCUGAUCAUGAAUACAUGAAUACCGACUUUGAUGAUGAAUACUCAGCUCCCUCUUCAAGAAGCUUGAUAUGCUGCCGUGUAGUUGCUAUCAUCUUUAUGGUUCUUCUGGUUUUACGCCAUACUCUUCCAUUCUUAAUAAGCGGAGCUGGAGAGUACUCAUUGACAUUGUUCACAUUACUGAUGUUGAGAACGAUUGGGAUUCUAUUCCCAAUCUAUAUCAUGGUUAGAGCAUUCACUGCUAUCCAACGUCAGCGGCGUCAACAGGAUCCUGAAAUUUCCCUUGCCACAUCCGACGAAGAAAAUGACUUGGCAUAUCCAUCACGCUUGAUUCAAAUUCGAUAAUUGAUUCAGCCACCACUCUUGGCUGGUGGAAUCAUUUGCUAUCACUGCAACAGCCCUGAAACGGAUCAAUAAUCAAGAUCUGCAAUUAUGUGUAAUGCAGAUGAACAUGAUCAGUGACAUCAUCACUUCAAGACAAUGUGCUCGAAGCAUCGAUUACUGGCAAACAUUUUGCUUACCAUGAUUCUGAAAGCCGUGUGUAGACAGCAUUGGAUAUAAGCUUUUUUCUUUUCAAGUACAGCAUACUUCUUUUCAAGUACAGCAUACAAAUUAUGAGAAGCCUAGAAAUCAAAGCUGCAUGUAAAUUUUAAUAGUAAGUUGAUGUAUUUUAUCCAAAAGGAACAUGAUUGCCGCCUUCACUUUUAAUGUGCUCCCUUCAAGAUCUUGUUUAUAAAUUACACACAAAAAAAGUUCCAAAUGUAAAUUUUCUA